AUGAAUGCUAAGAAUCAGGUCCUUAACUUUAAGGAUCUUGAAAGUAGGAUGGCUUCGCUUUCUAGGCCUACGGGUGCUUUGCCUAGUAAUACUCAGCAGAACCCGAGGCUACAGUUCAGUCAGGGGCAGCCACAGGGGAUGCCCAACUAUGCCAAGUUUAUCAAAGAACUUGUGACGGAUAAGGGAAAGAUAGAUGAGGUGAAGGCUACAUUUCUCAAUGCCGAGUGUUCUGCCAUUGUUCAGAACCACAUUCCACCUAAGCUGGAAGAUCCAGGGAGUUUCCUCAUCACUUGUUCUAUCAGUACUUUGACUUGUAAGGCACUUGCCGAUUUAGGUGCUAACAUUAAUUUGAUGCCUUACUCGGUUUGGAGUAAACUGGCUUUUGGAGCAUUGAGACCUACCCGUAUAAGCAUUAGGUUGGCUGACCACUCUUUUCAGUAUCCCAUUGGGAUUGCUGAGAAUAUGACUGUCCAGGUAGGCCACAUCGUGUUUUUGGUAGAUUUUGUGAUUUUAGAAAUGGAAGAAGACACUAAGGUACCAUUGAUUUUAGGUAGACCAUUCCUUAAUACCGCGGAUGCCGUUAUCUGGGUGAAAGAUAGGGAAAUUUCUUUGGGUGUGGGUACUGAUAGGAUAGUGUUUAAUGUUGAAAGAUCUAUUAAGCAUUGUUACUCUACUGAUGAGACUUGUUUCAGGAUUGACGUUAUUGAUGAUGCUUUAGAUCAAGAAUUUCAGGAAUUCAAGGAAACAUAA